AUGCAUCUGCCCGCCACUUAUCGGAUAUGCAACCCGGGCUUCAAUUACGAAUCAUCGAGGAACCCGAGACGAGUACUCACCAAACCCAGCAAGGGUGUCAAGAAUGAUGGAUACGAUAACGAAGAUAGCGACUACAUCUUAUAUGUGAAUGAUAUCCUGGGGAGCGAGGAAGCUGGUCACAAGUGCGUUCAGGCCUCGGCAUCUCUUGUCCGGACUCGCCGUGUGUAA